AUGGAGCUGUUCGAGCGCGCCAAGACGGUGCGGCUGCGUGGCCACCACGACAAGUACGUGUACGCCGACGACGACGAGUCCCACGUCCAGCAGGACCGCAACGCCGCCUCCCCCAACGCGCGCUGGACCGUCGAGCCCGUCCCGCACGCCCCCGGCGUCAUCCGCCUCCGCAGCCGCUACGGCCGCUACCUCACCGCCUCCAACGAGCCCUUCCUCCUCGGCCUCACCGGCCGCAAGGUGCUCCAGACGCUGCCGCACCGCCUCGACUCCUCCGUCGAGUGGGUCCCCGUCCGCGACGGCAAGCACGCCCGCCUCCAGACGCGCUACGGCAACUACCUCCGAGCCAACGGCGGCCUCCCGCCGCUGCGCAACUCCAUCACGCACGACGUCACCCACCACCGCCAUACCGGGUGGAUCCUCUGGUGCGUUGAGAUCGUCCAGGUCCUCCCGUACCCCCACCCGGUUGAAUCCUCCGACUCCAGCAGCUCCGCGCCCUCCUCUCCCCCGCAUUACAAGCCGCCUUCUCGCUCGCCCUCGCCCUCCCCUUCUCCCUUGCCCACGGCGGCGCUCCGACCGCACCUACCGCCGCACCACCGUACGGCGACCCCGUUCGUAGCGCAACCUCCGCCGCCGCCCCCGGGCUCCCUGGUGCCACCCACCGGUCUCUUCAGGCUCGAGGUCCGUACGUCACCACCAUUCCAACGACCCCAAAUGGCCGCGAUGCAGUCGACGGACUCUUUCUCGGUGCCGGUGACGAUGCACAAGGUGGAGGGCCGCCUCAUCCACUACCACAUUGGGGAUGGCAAUGGCGACGUGGACGAUGACGACGAGGGCCACUCCUUCACGUUCAACGGGACCAGCCUCCAGGAGCUGCUGGAGAGGCUGCAGGACGAGACGGGGCUCAACGACGUGAUCAUCUGCUCGCGCAGCCCCAUCAACAGGAAGCUCAUGCCGCUCCGCCUGCAGCUCCCACCCAACAACAACGCCAUGCAUAUCGUGCUCGUGCAGGAGUCCUCCAAAGUGGCAAAAUCUUUUCCGUGA